AUGUACAAUUCUAAUGAAAAUGGAACAUUUAACAAUAGAAACUUAAACUUAACACCUCUAGAGAGAAAGGAGUUAUUGGUAAAGUUGUACUCUAAUCUAAAGGAAUCUUCGCUUUUUGGUAAACAUUCUGUUGGGAAUAUAAGAGAGGCUGCUAUUAAAGCCGAGCAGAUGAGCUAUGAGAAAAGUAGUACUAGAGAUGAGUAUCUUAGGAAUAUGAAUGAUAAAAUAAUGAAAGUAAAGAUGGGAAAUAAUUUAAAGAUGAACAAUGAGGUGAAUAGCAAUUUUAACACAAAGGUUGAUAAAGAGAAGGAGGUAUGGCCCUAUAAGGAAAGUUUAAAUGGUGGUACCACGUCUACUAGUGGAUAUGCAAAUAGAUUAAAUGGUUUAUAUGGAAGUGUAAAUAAUGUGAUGAAGAAUGAUUCUAAUCUUUGUUUUAACGCUCCUAAGAGAAAUGUAAAUACCACAAACUUUUGUGUAAACUCUUUCUCUAGGUAUGGUAAAGGUGUGGAUAAGGAGCAUCUUUUUGAAGGGAAGUUGACAAGCAAUAAAAAUUUAUCAAAGGAUGGUUUAUUUCCUAAUGGCAUGUCUAGAACUAAUCCGUCAAACGAUAAGGCUCUUCUUUUCAGUAGCGGAUAUGUACAAAAUUCCUUGGCUGAUAGCUUUACAAAGAGAAGAUUCUCUGAUGUGGGGAUAGGUCCGGGACCUGUUUCUGUGCAAGAAAGGAGAUAUUCUCAUGUAGAGCAGGCAUAUUUUAGUGGAGAUCCGAAUUGCUCCAUAAAAAUGAAGACCCUGAAUAAUAGUCUGUACCUCUCUAAUCCCACUAAGAAUGUUUAUCCCCAGAGAAUACUAAAAG